AGGACGGACGUGUAUACAGUGCGCUCAAACGUAGUUAGUGCGAAGUGACGACAACAUUCUAGUGAUGUGAUGAAAACUGGAUAAACUGAUAAGGAUGUAUUUUUUAUUGGCGCUCCUCAGUUUGCUUGUGAAAGAGUCGCUCCCACUAAGAAUAGUCCGGGUGUCUGUGCCGUCUUACCGGGUGAGAGGGCAGCCUGCGCAGCUCGACUGUAUGUUCGAGCUUGGGGACGACUCGUUGUACUCGGUGAAGUGGUACAGAGACAAUGAGGAGUUCUACCGCUACAUGCCUAAAUACGAUCCGCCCAAGCACGCGUACAAACUCGAAGGCAUCAAAGUCGAUCUAUCAAAGUCGGACGACAGGAAAGUGGUCCUACAUCAGGUGACGCUGAAGUCGUCGGGGCUGUACCGGUGCGAGGUGUCCGCUGAAGCCCCGAGCUUCGCCUCCGCAGCGGGGGAAGGAAGAAUGGAAGUCAUUUAUCUACCGCGGGAGGGACCCAGAAUUACGGGCAACGAGGAGGAAAACCGAAGAGGCGAAUCGCUGUUCUUAAAUUGCACCUCGGGUCGAUCCUACCCCGCCGCAGUCCUGAGCUGGGAUAUCGAUGGAGAGAAGGUAACGGAUCCCAACCUUCUCGUGGAAUACCCACCUACACAGCAUCUACACGGCUUGCUGUCUACCGCGUUGGGUCUGCGCGUGCCGACUGGUCGCACUAUGCAGGUGCGAUGUACAGCGCGAGUCGCGCCCGCCUGGAGGGAAGGCAGCGAAGCGGUGAUCGCUAACAGCCAUGUUGCUGACAGCAAAGAAGCUAUGUUGUUAGUGAGGAGCGCGGGCGAGGUGUCUACGCCGAGUGUAAUACUGUUAACGCUACCCUUUCUACAACUCUUUACUUCGCUAAUUGUAUCAGAGACGUGAUAAAUUUUGUAUAAUAGGGUGUUAUAAACAUUCGGAAGUUAGGAAUUUGUACGAAACGAAAUUGUUUUUAAACCUGUUAUAUAGUUUUAUCUCGCGAGUCGCCGAAUAAAGGGGUGACUUUGAAUAAAAAUUAACGGUUCUUAGUUAGUGCAAUCUAUUUAUAGUGCGACCAGUUUAAGCGCGACCUUCGUAGCAUACUAAAUGUAUGCUACGAGUAUGCUACGAGAGUCACGCUUUAAGUUAUCAGUAUAUAGUUUUAUAAACCAAGUUUGUAUAUUUUAAAUUCGUCUGAAAUAAAGAACGUUUUGUGAAAAAUUGUAGGAAAAUUAAAAUUUAAAUCAAGACUGCAUUAGUCUCUAAAUUUUGGAACACACGUGUGUACAAUAAAAGACAUUGUAAUUUAUGCUAACGUAGAAAUUACUGAUAGUAAUUUUGUACAUUUAGAAGCUAAAUCCUUUUCUCGUUGUAUCAAGUCACCUCUCUAUUCACAUGUCUACUCGCUUCGUUUUAUACAUAAUUAUUUUCCAUAUUAGAUAGAUAAUAAUUGGUAAAUAAAACAUAUCUUAACCUAGAUAGCGUUUAUUUUCUAUACUGUGUUGAUAGUGUUGUUUUAGAGGACGUCAAUUUCAACGAUAAGCUUUGUAAUCUAAAAUGUAAAUAGUACGUUAGGAGCGCCUUCAUAAUUAAGAAAUAUGUGAAUAACACUUCGAAUGUUUUCUUUUUAAAAAGCAUAGAUAUACGUUGUAGAGUAAGCGGCGAAUGUUGAAUUGUCUAACAAUAUUCUUGUGAGAUUCUAUUGCAUUAGUUAAGGCAUCUGAGCAUAGAAAGUAUAAAUGUUUGGGUCUUGUAAUCCCCGAAAUAAUAUAAAAAAUAAGGCUCGGUUUAAUUGCGUCCGCCCAAACGCGCGGUUUGGCGUCUACACCGCGAGACCGAGCAUUCGGGCGGACGCAUAUGAAUCGAGCUUAAUAUCAAGACAGAGUUUUGUCAAACAAAAAGUGAGGGUUUUUUUUUUGUUUUAGACGAAAAUGCGUGGCAAGGCAUGGCUUUUGCUGUUUCAGUUUGUGAUUUGCAAAC